CGCCUGCGCACACUGCCACCUCAGUCUCCCCUCGGCACCCGCGCGGAGCGAACGUAUCGCACGUUUUAUUUUAUAAAAUAAAAAUCUCAGUGAUGUGACAUAUGAACGUGGAAUGUGUUUGUGAUAGUGAUUUAUUAUUUCAAACUGAUAACAGUUUCAGUUUGGCUAAUGUGAUAUAAGGUAUUUUUACAUGCUUACAAAAUUAAAAAUAGUACUUAAAGUGAUAUAACUGUGAUAGAAGUUUAAAUUAGUAUGCUCUAAAACCUAGUGAUAAUAUCAGUGAAAUGUCUUCUUACUAAAAUGGAGAGGAAACUGACACGUGAAGAUUUCAUGAGGAAAAGUUUUCGAGCACCGAAGGUGUCGCCCGCCCCAGAGGGACAGGAGCCUACUGUCAACGGAGCGCCACCACCAUCGCCGGUAUCUUUAGCCAUGUUGGAGAGAAACUCGCAACCACCACAAAGAACCCAGUACGAGAUAACAUCUUCGGGGAUAGCUCCCAAACGACUUGAAAUCAAUAGAGCUCAUCCUAUUCACCUCAAGUCAUUCCAAUCCUCCGAACCUCCAGACGACACUGCACCAAUGCCGCCUUCAGACGAUGUUCUACGAAAACUCGAACGCCAAAUUGGUGAAAUGGAGAGAGGUUUAGAGAAAAGGGCACAGAAUGGUUCUGUUGGUGUUGACGAAAGAGUCAGGUACGCUGAACAUGAGAACCUCUUACGUACUGGUGUAUCUUCAGUCGGAGGUGGAGGCUAUCUUCCAGCUGAUUCUGAUACAGAACACGACGUGGUGCCUUUCAAUAGAAACGAAAGCACCCGCAGCAGUACUGGUGGUGCUACUCCAGUACCGAGACCAGCCACUCGACUGGCCAGAACAAACUCUGAUACUCAACAGUCAGUCGCAGCUACUGCGAGGAUCAUGAAGAAAUUGGCUGAUGGUAAUAAAGAUGAAAAAUCUAAGGUUAUAUCCCGAAAAGCGAUACAAGCGAGGAUGGAGCGUGUCAAGAACUCUGUCACUGGAAAACACGAGCACAGGGUUCUGGCUGAGCAUAGGGUGGAUCCACCUUCUCCAAGGACACCGACGUCCCCUAUCUCUCCAAGGUCACAGAGUGCGUCGGAGUCGUCGGCGGGAGCGGGCGGCGGGGGCACAUCGGGCGGCAGCGCCCGGGUCUCGUCGCGCUCGCGGGCUUCAGAGGAACCACACAUUGGAAAGUACAAGCUAUUAAAGACAAUCGGUAAAGGCAACUUCGCUAAGGUGAAGCUAGCGAAACAUGUGCCGACCGGCAAGGAGGUCGCCAUCAAGAUCAUUGAUAAGACACAACUCAAUCCUGGAUCACUGCAGAAGCUGUUCAGAGAGGUCCGGAUAAUGAAGAUGCUGGACCAUCCGAACAUAGUGAAGCUGUUCCAGGUCAUAGAGACUGAGAAGACGUUGUACCUCGUCAUGGAGUACGCGUCAGGAGGCGAGGUGUUCGACUACCUCGUGCUCCACGGGCGCAUGAAGGAGAAGGAGGCGCGCGCCAAGUUCCGACAGAUCGUCUCCGCCGUACAGUACUGCCAUCAGAAGAGGAUCAUACACAGGGAUCUCAAGGCGGAGAAUCUCCUGUUGGACGGCGAGAUGAACAUAAAAAUUGCGGACUUUGGUUUCUCCAACGAGUUCACGCCGGGCGCCAAACUCGACACCUUCUGCGGCAGCCCGCCAUACGCCGCGCCUGAACUCUUCCAAGGCAAGAAAUACGACGGUCCCGAAGUGGACGUGUGGUCGCUGGGCGUGAUCCUGUACACGCUGGUGUCGGGCAGCCUGCCCUUCGACGGGUCCACGCUGCGUGAGCUGCGGGAGCGGGUCCUGCGCGGGAAGUAUAGAAUACCCUUCUACAUGUCAACGGACUGCGAGAAUCUUCUAAAGAAGUUCUUAGUCCUGAACCCUGCGAAGCGAGCCUCUUUGGAGAGCAUCAUGAGGGAUAAGUGGAUGAAUACCGGCUAUGAUGACGACGAGCUCCGGCCCUACGUGGAGCCCCAGCAGGACUUUAAGGACCAUAAUCGGAUAGAGGCGCUGGUGUGCGUGGGCUACAACCGACAAGAGAUCGAGUAUUCACUCGCUGAAGCGAAGUACGACGAUGUUUUCGCCACUUAUUUACUUCUUGGCAGAAAGAGCACGGACGUGAGUACGAAGCCGGAGUCGGACGGCAGUCGGUCGGGGUCGUCCCUGUCGCUGCGCACGGCCGCGGCCGGCGCCCAGCCGCCCGCCAACAACAACUCCGCCGCACACGCAGGCGCGGGCGCGGCGGGCGGGUCGCCGGCGCACCGCGGCGUGCAGCGCAGUAUCUCCGCGUCCGCGCGCCCCGCCGCCUCGCGCCGCGCCUCCUCCGGCGCCGAGGGGCUGCGCACGCAAGUGGGUACGACGACGACGGCAGCGAACAACACCACAUCAACGGCUACCACGACAACGUCCAAUUUUAAAAGACAGAAUACAAUUGACUCUGCAUCGAUCAAGGAGAACACGGCGCGGAUCGCUCAAAUGCAGGUACGAAAGGUGGCGAGCACGACGCGGCCCAGCAGCGCGGCCCCGAAGCUGGAGCCCCGGUCGCGCACGCUGACGGGCGGCGCGCGCCGGGCGCAGGCCUACGACGCGCCGCCGCCGCAGCCCCCCAAACUGUCGCCGCCACAUGACGCGCCCAGUGCCCCGGCGGCCGAGACUAAAAACGGCACGGGGAGUGCUACCAACGGGGCGACUUCUACCACGGGCACUACGGCCGGGGCGAAGACCCAUGUGAAAAGUGCGUCGAUAUCGUCCGCCAGUGGUGCUCCGCCCCUCGGGGCUGACGCUCAGCCCCACAACGCGUCCGCAAGGGACCUCGCGCAGCCGCGCCCGAGCCUGAACUCGCAAGUGUCGACUGGCGGUGGUGCGACGGGCGCGCGGAGGGAGUUCCCCAACCCCCUCGUGUUCCCCAGGAAUGUUCCCUCGCGGUCCACCUUCCACUCAGGUCAGAACCGCACGCGCGGUUCAAGCGGCGGCGCGUACGGUGACGGUGGCUCCCCGCACCAGGCGCGGCCAUCUUUCUUCUCCAAGCUGUCCUCACGGUUCUCCAAACGGUUGAAUCAGAAUCCUUGAAACGUCGGCGGGAGUGGACGUGCUGGGAAGAUUUAAAAUAAUAUUAAUUAUUAUAAAUAAAUUAUAGGGAAUUGUAUACAGUACCGAUUGCUCUAUCAGCCGGUCGUUGGCCCAUAGAGCUAGUAUAAUUAUUCAGUGUAUUAAUAAUAAUUACUAACAAAAUGUAUCUUUUAAUACUUGAUCUUAAUUAAUACUUUGAGUAUUGAAUGUGACUUGGUUUUUUUCUUCUUUUUUCUCUAUAUUGUAGAAAAUAUUUUCUUGAUAUUGAGGGCCUAUUUCACAAUGUCUUAUUAACGUCUUCGUUUAGUUAACAAUCGAUAAUUCGAAGCAUUUUCCAUAAGAAAAUUAUCAAAAUAUGUGUUUGUUGAAGUAACAUAAUUGCAACGUAAUCGGUCAUUGUGAAAUAAGUUCGUAUUAUUAUUGUUUUGAAUUUAUUGGAGAAUACAAUGGCGGUUUCUGUAUUAUACAACUACUUUAUAUUGCAUAUUACACAAGCUUUAAAAGACAACUUGUAGAAGAAUGAGAUGUAACCAAAAAAUAUCUUAUCAUCUUUUUUUUAUCAGAAGAACACAAAGGCUAGACAAACUUAAUUGCAUUUGUCUAGCUAUAAAGUGCUCUCAUUACCUGAACUGUCCUUGCUCAUUUCAAGAGCUGUUUCUGCGAAACAUUAUCGUCAGCCAUCUUGUUUUCCAGUAAAUUCCAAACCUAAACUACUGAAGACUGUUUGAAUAGAUACUCAAUACAAAAUAAUUAUUAAUGCACUGAAUAUAAUUAAAACAAGAUGUUGUUUGUAAGUGUUAAUAAUUUUUUUAUAUAAUUGGCGUAACCGUGAUGUUUCAAAGUUAAUAGUUUACAUAUAAAAUUAAAAAAAUGAAAAGAUUUGUAAUCAUUUAUUAUUUCGUCAUUAUGGAAAAGAUUAUAAUCGCGACGACUUCUGUCUACACGUUAUUUUAUUGAAAUUAUUCUGAAUUAUAAUAAUUUUUAAGUCUAAAAAAAUAGGUACUAAAAUUCUGUUUAAUUUUUGUUUAUUGAUGUGUUUAGUUAUGUGCUAAAAAUUCAGAUGUUGGUAGUGAAAUAAUGUAAAUAGAACUAAAGUAAGAGAUGGCUAGAGUCGACUUUGUAAGUAAUUCCUACUUAUUUCCAGAAACGCGAUGCUAUUACAAAACAAAAUGUAGCAUGCAUAUUAACAACACUGCACCUCUAUAGGUAUGUCUCGACAGUUUAGAAUAAUAUAACUAAGCGGUUGGUAGGACACUACGUAUAAAGUCGUUAAGGUUACCUUUAUAUACAUUAUAUACUGCCAACGCCUACACAAGGUGUAGUUUUGAAGCCGUGUGAUUUCUCGGGGGCAUGUCA